AUGGCGUCCUCACAGGUCGAUUCCGCUCUCCAAGAGAUCCAAGCAGCUCCCGUCGGCGAUAAGCCUUCACGAUACUCAGCUCUUCUUCAACAAAUCACCGCUUCGUCAAGCAACCUCGCCGCCGACCUCAAUGCCUACUCUCGUACCUUGCUGGACGACAACUUGGGUGUCGUCGUACUUCGCCCCCUCGUCAGCCACUUCGUGGAGCAGUUCCGCAACAUCAAAGACCCAGAGGUCAAGAUCGAGGUUGGCGAGAAUGUGAUCGCACUUCUCCAGACCAAAGGCGUGGGCCAGUACGAGGAGCAGGACACAUUAAUCAAAGAGGCGGUAGCCGAAGCUUGCGAAGAGACAGACGACUACCGAAAGUCGGCGCGGGUGCUAGGAUCGAUCAAUCUGGAAUCAACACAACGCUCAUUGACCAACGACGACAAGGCGAAGGUCUGGAUCCGAAUCGUGCGGUGCUACCUCGAAGAAGACGACCCCACGAGCGCGCUGCUCCACCUCAACAAGAUCAAAAACAUCAUCUACAGCGUACAGGACAAGGAGACGAGGAUACAUUUCCAGCUCAGCCAGGCCCGCAUCAACGACUCGCAGCGCAACUUCCUCGACGCCGCAAAGGCAUACUACUCGCUAUCCCUCGAGUCCAGCAUCGCAGAAGAAGAGCGCCACCAAGCGCUAUCCUCCGCCAUCGUCUGCGCCGUCCUGUCUCCUGCAGGGCCCCCACGCUCAAAGAUGCUCGCCACGCUCUACAAAGACGACCGCGCCAGUUCCGUCGAGAACUACUCGGUGCUCGAGAAGAUGUUCUUCGACCGGCUGAUCCCGCCCCACGAGACCAAAGCCUUCGCCGCCGGACUCCAGCCUCACCACCUCGCGCUUACCUCAGACGGCUCCACCGUCCUCGACCAGGCCGUCCUCCAGCACAAUCUCGUCGGCGCGUCCAAGCUUUACAACAACAUUGGGUUUGACCAGCUGGGGGAGCUGCUGGGCAUUGAUGCGGAAAAGGCAGAGGACUAUGCGGCGAAGAUGUUCGAGCAGGGGCGGCUGAGCGGGUACAUUGAUCAGAUUGACCGGUGCAUUUUCUUUGAGGGGGAGGGCAGCGGGGAGCGGAAGACGGGGCAGAGCGAGCGGGUGGUGGGGAGGGAGCUGCGGAAGUGGGACGCGAAUGUGCAGGGGUUGGCGGAGGAGGUGGAGCGGGUGACGACGAUGAUUCAGACGCAGUAUCCGGAGUUCUACGCUGCGCAGACGGUGCACUGA